CCACAUUUUUAAAUGGACAAUUCUGUGAACUGUCUUGUACCAUUUUAAAUUGACACAAUACCUGUUAGCAAAGAUGUCAGCGAGGGAUGACUUGCAGGAGCUUGCAGGCAUUUGCAGUUUUGCAUGAUGUCUGCUUUGAUGAUAAUUACUAUUUUCGAAUCUGAGAGUAAAUUGAGACUAACAUAUUGAUUAAAAUCACCUUGUCCGAGAGAGAUUUAGAUGGUUAUGAAAACGUAAUGCCAGGGUAAGCAUACAAGAAACACAGCCCCUAUUUUAAAGUGUUUCUAUAAUCCUCUAUGGGAAAAAUCAAUGGUGGAAAAACCAUUGGAACCAUUUCCCUUUUUGACCGUUAGGUUUUAUGGCAAUGACACCUCUACAGUGGGGCUCUAUGGGACGAGCCUUGAUUAGAAUACUGGAUAUACAUAUGAAGUGGACAGCAGUAGUUAUAUAGGAUGAACCUCUUUGACCGUUAGGUUUUAUGGGUAUAAUGACACCUCUACAGUGGGGCUCUAUGGGACGAGCCUUGAUUAGAAUACUGGAUAUACAUAUGAAGUAGACAGCAGUAGUUAUAUAUAAUGACACCUCUACAGUGGGGCUCUAUGGGAUGAGCCUUGAUUAGAAUACUGGAUAUACAUAUGAAGUGGACAGCAGUAGUUAUAUAUAAUGACACCUCUACAGUGGGGCUCUAUGGGAUGAGCCUUGAUUAGAAUACUGGAUAUACAUAUGAAGUGGACAGCAGUAGUUAUAUAGGAUGAACCAGGACUAGAAUACAGUAUAUACAUAUGAACUGGACAGCAGUCCUCUACAGUGAGGCUCUAUGGGAUGAGCCUUGAUUAGAAUACUGGAUAUACAUAUGAAGUAGACAGUAUAAUGACACCUCUACAGUGGGGCUCUAUGGGAUGAGCCUUGAUUAGAAUACAGUAUAUACAUAUGAAGUGGGUAAAACAGUAUGUAAAUCUUAUUAAAGUGACCAGUGUUCAGUCACUAUGUACAUUGGGCAGAUAUAAUUCUACAUGAGUUUGGUUUCAUAAACUACAUGGUUUAUGGUAAAUUUUCAUUAUACCUAAGUCGUUGUUACUUCAAAUAAUGAUAUUAUUGAAUUGUUUUUGGUUGGCGUAAACUAGCGGAUAUGACGUUGUCUGGUGAACACGCUUUGCAGACGUAAACUUGUCGCGUUCAUGUGCACGUCGGAACUAGGAAACUCAGAAUUGUCCGACUGGCUGACUGAUUGAAAGCGGUACGUGUAUAUAAGUACCACCAGUAGUUGUAUAGUCGGAAAUUUCACAGUUUCCUAGUUUCAACUAGGACGUGAAUGCAGCAACUGGAGCAGAAACACACAUGUUGUAGCUGUUCUAGUUAUACCUCAGUGGUCGUAGCUAGACAAACAUUUAUACAAACGGAUUUAAUCGACAACACAUUGAAGAAGAGGCGCCACCUACAUCAUGAAUGAUUUUGGAAGCUACCCUCCGCCGAACUUUGUCUCUCCUCCUCCGGGUUCGAUGGUGAGACCGCCGACGUUCCUUCCACCUCCGAGCAACUUCCAGCCCGUUAUGUGGAACUGGUACGAGCCACCGUCCGAGCCGUGGAGAUAUAACGGCCAGGGAGAACACUGGAACGGCGGCCCCGGUCCAGGUCGACCCAGAGGCUCAUAUGGCCAGAACUUCCAUCGUGGACAUGGAGGCAGAAGGCAUGACUAUGGUCGUCCCAACAACCAUGGGAAAAAGAAAAAUAAAAAAGAAUCAGAGUUUUCCCAUUUCUGUGACCCGUGUGACCGAGGCUUCAAAAACCAAGACAAGUACGACCAACACGUCUCUGAACAUGUCAAGUGCUUGGUUGAAGACUGCAGCUUCACUGCUCAUGAGAAGCUGGUCAACAUUGACUGGAAAAAUAAUCAUGCUCCAGGGGCAAAGAGAAUCAAGCUGGACACUCCAGAGGAGAUUUCUAAAUGGAGAGAGGAGCGGCGCAGGAACUACCCAACCCUGGUGAAUGUGGAGAAGAGGAGGAAAGUGAUGGAUGCCAGGGAGGAGACUGGAGCGGUGCUGGAAACUGCUCAGUUUGGGAGGAUGAGGGGUAGAGGGCGUGGACAGCGUGGUGGAAGGUGGCAGAUGGGCCAGACCAGGUCCUCAUCAGUCAGAGAGACCACCACACCCCACUCAAACCCCCAAGGAGAGGCCUCCACCCCUCACUCAGUACCCCAGGGAGGGAGACCCCCUGGGGGCUCUUGCCAACAGCGACCCAGACUCUGAUACAGAGGAGCCAGUCAGUGGAGGUGGGGUGACUGUGGCCCCUAAACAAAUUACAUCAGGGCUGGGAUCUCUGAUGGCCAGCUACGGCUCCAUGAGCGACAGCGACCAGGAACCACAAGUCCUGCCCAUCCAGAGGACCAGUCAGCUGCUGAAGGAGAACCAGGCAAUGCUGAAGGCUCUGCCAGCCAAGCCCCAGAACAGUGCUUCAUCUGGGGCUAAGAGACCCUACCCUGAGCCCCCCCGGGAACCACAGCCUGGGUCUGGUCCUCAUAGACCUGGUCAGGGGAGAGGAAGAGGAGCGAGAGGAGGACGAAACAACAUGGACACCCCCCAACAGCGCCGCGCCACUCUGCUUGCGAUGUUACUGGCCCCAAACAUCCGCCAUGAGAGGAACGUGCUCCUGCAGUGUGUUCGCUACAUUGUCCGAAACAACUUUUUUGUACUGGAGGGUCAAACUCAGGACCAGGAUGGAACUCGGGGCAGAACAGUGACCACAGGUGACCUUGACCCACAGACACAGGAAGUAAGAGCAGAUGAUUUACAUUUACAUUUACAUUUAAGUCAUUUAGCAGACGCUCUUAUCCAGAGCGACUUACAAAAUAGUGCAUUCACCUUAUGAUAUCCAGUGGAACAACCACUUUACAAUAGUGCAUCUAAAUAUUUUA